AUGUCGAAGCUGCCGGUAUUCGCUGCAGAAAUUCGCCAAAUGAUGUACGUCGCAGGUGAGACCGAAAGCAUAUCUCAGGACACAGUAGCCCUCGUCGAGAGCAUCAUUAAGGAUCAAGUUAUUCACAUGAUAACCAUUGCCGACGAGCUCGCCUCCCGACGCGGAAGCCGUGUCUUCUCGAACAACGACCUCAUCUUCCAAUUUCGACACGACGCCGCGCGGGUCGAACGAAUACAAAAGUUUCUCGCUCUGAAAGCACUUCGUAAAUUGUCAAAGGACGACGAAGAAGAUAUUGAGAAAGCUGAAGCACAGGGCGCCGACGCGAUGCAACGCGGAUCAGCCGACUCACUGGAGAUGAGCCAGGCGGUGGUUGCGGCGACUAGACUUCCAUGGGAUGCCAAUGCUCUCUACACAGAGCUACCACCCGGACCAGCCGAUUUGAUAGUUUCCGGCGAACAAGAUGCCACGAAUUUGGCAAAACUGCGUGCUGCAGAUGCCAAGACUCUCAACAUGACUGUUGCUGAAUACGCAACGUGGUCGGAAUGCCGCCAUGCUUCCUUUACCAAGCGGCGCGUAGUGAGAUUCCGACAAUGGUGCGGACUUGGCGUUGUAGGCGACCACAAGGUGACUGAUGAUGUCUUGGACAUUCUAGGUUUCUUGACCGGUGAGAUGGUACAGCGACUAACAGGUUUGGCGUUGGCGUUUCAAGAGCGCGAGAUCUGUCGAAGAGCAUCCUUGCAUGGGGAGCAGAAAAUUGAAAGAAAGGGCCUUGAGUCUCUUCUCAGGCCUGAGUCGGGACAGCAACGGAGAUCGCCAGUAGAUUGGCGACAUAUUCAGCAGGCAUACGACGUGACGCAAAUCGAACGGGCAGCUGGUGGUGUCAGGCGGAGGGGCAUGUGGACCAAGAAGGGGCUCUGCCUUAUUUAA